AUGAUGUGGACAAAAGAGAAUUACUUGAAAAAUAUACAAAAGAAGAGUCAAGUCUUGCUCCUCUCAUGUCAGAAGUGGAUAAAUGACUCCCUUCUUCACGGGGAGAAAAAACAAGGAUGCAAUCCCUGUUCUAACUUGACCCAUCUUGUGUUUUGCUUUUCCUUCUCCGUCUUCUCACCCGGAUGCUUGUCGGAGCACGUUCUCCUUCUCCAACGAGUCUUUCCUCCCCGCAGGGAGCCGGUGGAUGAGGUCCUCCAGAUCCCCCCUUCGCUGCUGACAUGUGGUGGUUGCCAGCAGAACAUCGGGGACCGCUAUUUCCUGAAAGCCAUCGACCAGUACUGGCACGAGGACUGCCUCAGCUGCGACCUGUGCGGGUGCCGCCUGGGAGAGGUGGGGAGACGCUUGUACUACAAACUGGGCAGAAAGCUCUGCCGAAGGGACUAUCUCAGGCUCUUUGGCCAAGAUGGCCUCUGCGCCUCCUGCGACAAGAGAAUCCGGGCUUACGAGAUGACCAUGCGGGUGAAGGACAAAGUAUAUCACCUGGAAUGCUUCAAAUGUGCUGCCUGCCAGAAACAUUUCUGUGUUGGGGACAGAUACCUCCUCAUCAACUCGGACAUAGUAUGCGAACAGGACAUCUACGAGUGGACUAAGAUAAACGGAAUGAUCUAGCAAGGACACGGCUCCGUAGUCUAUAAAAAGACAUCUCACGGGUUACACCGAUGCGUAGCGGCAGGGAGGAGAUCACCACCUGAGCUAUGGGCUUUGUCUAAAAUGGGGGGAAAAUGCCACGGAGUCGGCUCUUUGUGGGCAGUGCUGCGUAGAAUCUAAACUACACGUAGGUGAAGAAGGGAGACCAAAGCAAUAGUAGAUAGACUGACUUCUCUUAACAAAGGCAUACGGACAAUAACUGACAGCAGCCACGUAGACGAGAGCUGGGGAGCAAACACAAAGCCUUCAUGAGUUCUCCCAACUGGCAAAAAAAGAGUAGGGACCUCUGUAAAGAGAUGCUAUGACUUUGUCGCCUGCAGACUAGGAUUGUGCAAUUGAAUUUUCUUUUCAUCUUGUUUUAGUUACUGAGUUUAGACAAGAGCUCCUACUGUAGACAUGAGGAAGAACACUGGCAGAAAAGGGCCAUCACUUUCGUGGUCCUUCUAUACGGCCUUACACUUCGGGUAGGAGAAAAGCAGGAAGAGGGUGGGGGUUAUUUUUGCAUGGAUUUUCUAUUUUUUUUUUUUUUUUCUUUGAGAAUGAACAGUUCAUCCUCUAGUCCCAAACUCUUCUUUAAAAAAAAUCCUGCUGAAUAGUUGUUUUCAGGCACUGCUGUUUCAAGAUGAGAUGUUCCACAGAUCAUUUCUAUACAAAUAUAAAUCUAAAGAGUUGUUCAACUAUUUUAUUAACUUAGAUUAUAUCGAUAAAAUAUUUGUUGUGUGUAGUAAGACUCUGCAGCUUUAAUAAAAAUAACAGAAGAUU